AUGUUUGUGGUUCACCCUGUGAUAUCAAGUCAUUGUGUAAAUUCAGUUAUAUUUUUUAUUAAACAAUAUGGAGUAUCGGGGGCACCAUUAGACUCGACCAUUUGUUCUUUUGGUAUUGGUCUAACCAGGGUACAAUGUGACGCGGAUGGACAUAUCACCUAUAUAAGGAUUUAUCAGACAACAUUUACAAAUAUUGGUACUCCAGAUCCUUUGACUGUUAUUGUAUUACCCAAAGUCAAAACAUUAAUGUUGCAUGGAGCAUCUCAAGUUGCCAACCCAUCAAUCAAUGUAGCCACCUAUAUCAAGAAUCUACCACUGUUGGAGACAUUGGGGCUCGAGACUGACACAUCUAUAACAUACCUCCCAACUGUCAUCAUCAAACAAAACCAAGGAUCAGUUGUUACCAUUACACACGAUUAUCCAAAUACACAAGAGUCUGCUCUCACAACUUUAAAAUGUUCAGGAGAUGGAGAAGGAUCCCUUAAUCCAGACUUUUCAAAUUGCAAUGUAAUCUUUACAAACCCAGAAACAAUUUCAAUCUUGGAGAUUGCAGGUAAAUACUCUAGCAUUUCACCUCCACUUGGUCCAGCCUAUAUCUAUCUCUCCAAUUUAGCUUGGAUUCGUGCUAAUUUGACUUCAAUACCAGGAUCAUUACCUCCAAAAUUGGGUGCUUUAUCAUUUGCAGUAAACAAUUUCGCAACAAUUCCAUUUGUUUUUCCAAGUAGCUUGGCAGUGGCUGAUUUUAGCCGUAAUUACUUGACUGGUACAAUCGAUGUUGAUGCCGCAUGUGUAAACUCUCCAGUUGGUACCACCGUAGAUCUUUCACUCAAUCCCAAUCUACUCGCUAUCAAAGUAGAUUCAUGUUUGCAGGCUAUUGAUAUUUUAUCGACUGGUAUUACCACUCUCCCAGAUUGCUACUAUUGUUAUUUGGGAUCACAAUUUGUCAGAUCUGAUUUAGAAGCACCUCCAAACUUUGUUUGUAAUGUAACUAUUGAUAAUUCUGAUUUAAUUGUUACUAAUUCAGGAUUUACCGAAAUAACUGGAUCAAAAAUGGGAUGGGGGACUGGUGCAAUAGGUCAACCAUAUUCACUCUCAAGAGGUAAACCAAAUAGAUCGGUGUAUAUUGCAUUUAGUGCGACCAAUCUAACAGUGCCAACCAAUUUCGAGAUCAAGUUUUCCAAUGAUCUUGUGCCGCCAACAGCCAACGCCACAUUUGUCGAAGGUGGAGUCAUAUUGCUUCAAGCUACCACCUCUCAUGACACACCAAAUUUGACCAACUUUACAAUCGAUGUUUUCAAAUACAACCCAGUCUAUUUCAACCAUACUGUCACUAUUGGUCAAUCCACUCCAUGUAUCGUUACAAACUUUACUGCCACCCAAAUCAAGUGUUGGGUAUCUCCAGCCCUCCCAAGUGGAACCUAUUUAGUCGAUGUUGCCAACACAUACUAUAACAAUACCAUCUCAACCACCAUCACUGGAAAAGAUUAUUGCCAACAAUCCACUGAUUAUUGUCACGGUAACGGUCAAUGUAAUCAAGAUGGCCAAUGUGUUUGUAAUAGUAAUGCAUAUUAUAAUAAUUGUUCACAACCAUAUCCUAUAUUAUCAUCUGGUGAAUUUGGAUUAUUGAAUAAUCAAACAGUUAGUCUAUACGGUGACUUUGGACCAUACGGACAAUCGAAUCUAUCAAUUACAAUUAAUAAUACUUUGGAUUGUACAGUUGUCGAUAAAUCACAAAAGGUCAUCAACUGUACACUUGCCAGUCAACCAACACCUGGUUUGGCAUCGGUUCAACUCCAAGUUGAUGGACUUGAGACAAUGGUUAGAAAUAUUCUCAAACUUCGUCCUGCCCCAUCCAAUGGUGGUAAUCCAGGUGGAAAUACAACAACAGGUUCUACAUCAACAUCUUCACCAACCACCAGUAGUACAACAACAGGUGGAUCAACACCACCAGACACACCACAACAACAAUGUCAAAAACAAACAUCAAAUUGUUAUGGUCAUGGUAUUUGUGAUGGAAAUGGAAUAUGUCAAUGUCAAGAUAAUUAUAACCCUGAUGAUAAUUGUUUUACAAAGUUUAUCAAUACGACUAUUACACCAAAUACAACAGAUCCAACGGUAUCAUUUGAUAUUGAUGGAAUUGAUUUCCAAUUUGAAGUUGUAUCUAUUCAAGAAUUGGAUUUUGAUAGUAAUAUUGUCAAAGAAUUGUUUAUUUCAAAUUAUACUUGGAUUGUCAAUGCUGCAACCAAUAAUAUUACAACUGUCGUUGAUUAUCAAUUAAAUACAACUCUUUCAUCUUCAUCAUCAUCAUCCUCUCCCAAUAUCAACGAUAUCCUAUUCCAAUCAGUCAGUGUAUUGUCAACGAUAUCAUUCUCGACACAAGCAAGAGAUAUUCAAUUUGGAGAUCAACAACUUCAUAUCAAUGCCAAUUCGAUUAAACUAUCAGUCAAUAUUACAAAUUGGCAAUAUUCAUCAAAUUUAGCAACACUCAGAGUUGUAUUUAGAACAAUCAUCAAUAAUGAUCAAACAGUUGAAUAUGAUUGCAAUGAAAAAAAGAUUGAACCAUUGUCAUAUGAUUCAUUGUCAUCAUUGCAAUAUCUCAAAGUGAUCAAAGAUGAUAUUCAAUUCAAUGGUAGAUUUAUUGAUGUUGCAUUGUCAGAUGGUCGACCAACCUAUUCACAAACACAACUCAUUUCAAUGACACAAUCAACCAAUAAUCAAGAUGAAUCUAUUGCAUUGAUUGGUAUCAACUUGCCACAAUGUCAAUCAUGUGUUCUCGAUCCAGAUUUCUCACCAUUAUUAAUUGACAAGAGUAAUGAUAGUGGAUGUAGCAAAUCAAAUAGUUGGAGAAUCGUAGUUGGAUGUGUUGUUGGUGGAGUUGGUGCUGUCGCUAUUGCUAUCGGAUCGAUAGUUGCUAUCAAAAAGAUGAGAAGAUUUAAAUCAGAUAGUGCAUGUAUUGAAUCUAAACUUCACAGCAUCAACUAA